UGGGCAUCCCCACAACCGUCGAACCGUCACCGCCGGGCUGCCACGGCCGCGCAGUGAGGGCCGAUCGCGGGAGACUAGUUCCAGCAAGGGCCCCCUCCCCGACGACACCCUCCCAGCGAUGGGCAGUGGGACACCACCGGCCCCAUCCCCCCACCACCCGCCCCACCGGCCCCCUGCCCCACCACCCACCCAGCGCACCCAGGCCUGACCCAACUGCUCCAGCCCCCCACAGCUCCAUGGCGAGGAUGGACCCCUGACGGUGGGCACCCACGGGCCGAAGGAGACGCCGCUGGGCACGGCCCAAGGAGAUGCCCUCGGCAGCCCUGACAGCAUCGGGUGCUGCCCUGGCCCUGCCACCGCCGCCCUAAGCAUCCCGUCCCCCACCCCGAGGGCAGAGAGAGAGAGGCAGGGGCCUCCCCCCGGGGCCGUCAGCCAAGAUGGUGAUGUCCCAGGGCACCUACACGUUCCUCACCUGCUUCGCGGGCUUCUGGCUCAUCUGGGGGCUCAUCGUGCUGCUGUGCUGCUUCUGCAGCUACCUGCGGCGGCGGGUGAAGCGGCAGCAGGAAGAGCGGCUGCGGGAGCAGAGCCUGCGUGCGCUGGAGCUGGAGCCGCUGCACUACGAGGGUUAUGGGGGCAGCCCCCCCGGCAUCGCCAUUCCCCACCGCCUCCGCCUCGAGCCCCACCAUCAUCACCCUCACCACAUCCCACCCCCUCGGCCCUGGAGCUGUCGGCACGGGGUCCGGGGGGGGCUUUGCCUUGCAGAGUCAGAUCUGUCAAAGCCGCCGUGUUACGAGGAAGCCCUUCUGAUGGCGGAGCCCCCACCGCCGUACAGCGAGGUGCUGAUGGACACGCGGGGGCUCUACCGCAAAAUCAACGCCCCUUUCCUGAGCCACGAGCGGCUGGAGAAGCAGGAGCAGCCCCCCAGCUACAAACCCCUUUUCCUGGACGCCAGUUACGGUUCGGCACUGCACCUGCCCCGCUCGGCCAGCCCCGGCCAUGCCUGCCCGGACCUCUACCUGCAGGCAGAGUGCUCCCCACGCAUGUUUCCCAGCUGGACGGACUCGGAGCUCAGCAGCAGGGAUACCUACGAGCCGGGACCCUGGCACCUCCCAGUCUCCAUGCCCCUCUUCGGCAGGACUACCGCUGUCUAACAGCGGCCUCGGGGGACCCCCGGACCUUAUCAUGGGUACCUCUCCGGCACUAGGGGGGUGGUUUUGGUUGCCCGCAUCACCCUGGGGACACCAGCCCUGGCAUGGGCCAUCGCUGCCGGCGUGGAAGGGGCUGGUUCCCCAUUUGGCCCCUGCCAGCCUCCCUGUGGCUGGGGGCCCCCCAUGGCUGGGGGCGCUGGGGACCUGGACUCUACUCUGUUUCUUAAAUUUUUUGUUUGUUACAGUUUGAGAAUAAAAGUUUGUGGCUCGG